AUUAUGUCUGAGUGAGAUAAAUCAGCAAGACAGCCAUUUGUAAAAACAGAUGGGAUUCCUGAGACAACCAAUUAUUCUAUUGUUAUCCCACCAAAUAGAGACACUAAUGGAUUUUUUAGAAAAGCAUAUCACCAUGAAUAUUGCAGGGACUAUAUUUCUGAAAUAGAGUUUAAUGAAAUUAUUGAUAAUGUUUGUAAACUAGCUUCCCUUGCAUAUUCAAAGAAAAGGCAGAAUGAUAAUCGCAGUCUCUCGCCAAAAGUGGUGUUCAUCUUCUGGAUUUGAACAAUUUCAGUAAUCUGCUUCUGUUUUCUAUCCUACUACGCAGCGAUAGACAAGUCAAAUAUUAUGAGAAUUCUCUCAAUAGCAACAAUGUGAGUAUCGACUGCUGUAUUUUUGUUAGUAACUCUGUCAAUCAUCUUUGCUAAAAUUCCAGAAUUUCCAACUCUAUCAGUCUUAGUAAAACAAAAGAUUGAUAACUAUUUUAACAACAUAAACCAACUGUAUACAAAGAAGGGAUUUUGGUGGAGAGUUGACGCCAAAUAUUUGUACAUCGAAAUGGUCAUUGAAGAUAAAAUUCCUCCUGACGUCAGAGACAGUCGGUACCAACAACCAGAAGAGAUGAGUGAUGCCUCUAAACAGGAGAUUAAGGAAGAAAUAACAAAGGUUGAGAAAAUAGCACUUACUGAUACCCAGAGAUCGAAAGCUUCUAGAAAAGUUCAUCCGAUCAAAAAUUCUAUUUUUAAAAAUAAUGAUCUUCUGGGGGAUAAACUAACUGGAACUUAUGCUGAGACUAUGACGAUGAAGAGCCAACAUACUAAGGCUCAUAAUUUAAAUUCUAAAGAAGAGAUAGCAUCUCAUAAUAAAACUGUUUUUGGUACUGAUAAUAGAUACAAUAACUCAAGGAUAUCACAUCUGAGAAAGAAUGAAGAUGAAGAAGAAAUGAAGAAUUUAAACAAUAAGAACGCUAGCUAUAGGAUGAAUAACCAAUAUCACCCUCAAACUCCCAUUGAAGCCAUAAAGCAAGAAGACCAAAAACAUAGAAGAAGAAUAAUGUCCACUGAGAAUAGACUUCAGAAGACACCUCCUGAUAGAAAUCAUGAUAACUCCUCGAAGAAAGAUUCAAUGAAGAUGGAUGAUGCCAGUUAUCUUGAUCAAAGAAUGAGAUCAAAUAAAAAUAUUAGACAAAAAGACUUAGGAUACUUCUCCGGAAAGAAUCGUAACUUCAAUUUCGGUGAAAAUGAAAAUUCUAACUUUGGAACAGAGUGGAUGUCUGAAGUCAAUAGAUAAAUCACUAAAUAAU